UGAGAAACCUUGACAGCUUUUGCCGAUGAAAAGGGCCUUCUACAGAACAUGGCAUCGCUAUAUUGCUGCAAGCAGUCUAGGCCGGCCGCCCAUCUACCAUCAUUGGACGGAAAAUUAAAUCAGGUCUGAUAUAGCCUUUCGAGCUAUAACGACGACGGCCUCAGGAACCUGACUUCGCUGCGAGCCCUGAGGGCGAGAGACAUGACACAGCAUGGCGACAUCGCGUAUUGCGGAAACAUACGGUAUAGGGCAUGAACUCGGAGAGGCAAGGCGAGAGGUAUAAGUAUCCAGCUGUUUCCUCUACCAUCUCGACAGAUCAAGCAGCUCGACUCAACUUCUCAAGCAGGCCUUGAAGUACCUUUCUCAACAACCUUUCUCUUCUUACCUUCCAACUACUACCACACUCACUCACUAUGCACUUCUCUUCUCUCGUCGCAGCCGCCGCCAUUGGUGGUGCUGCCAUCGUUUCUGCUGCUCCCGCAGCCUCGCCCAUCGACAAGCGCGCCACUACCUGCACCUUCUCAGGCUCCAGCGGUGCUGCCUCUGCCACAAAGUCCAAGGCUGCCUGCGCCACCAUCAUUCUCAACAACGUUGCCGUCCCUGCUGGUACCACCCUCGACCUCACCGGAUUGACCACUGGCACCCACGUCAUCUUCGAGGGUACCACCACCUUUGGCUACAAGGAGUGGGAAGGCCCCCUCGUCAGCGUCUCCGGUACUUCGAUCACCGUUACUGGUGCUUCCGGCAGUGUCCUCGACGGUGAUGGUGCUCGCUGGUGGGACGGCGAGGGCAGCAACGGCGGCAAGACCAAGCCCAAGUUCUUCUACGCCCACAGCUUGACCACUUCUUCCAUCAAUGGUCUUACGAUCAAGAACUCGCCUGUUCAGACCUUCUCCAUCAACGGAGCCAAGACCUUGACCAUGGACAAGAUCACCAUCGAUGGCUCAGCCGGUGACAGCCUUGGUCACAACACCGAUGCCUUCGAUAUCGGUUCAUCCACUAGCGUGACCAUCACUAACGCUGUUGUCCACAACCAGGAUGAUUGCGUUGCCAUCAACUCUGGUACCGACAUCACCUUCUCCGGCGGUUCUUGCACUGGUGGCCACGGUCUUUCCGUUGGCUCUGUUGGCGGCCGCUCCGACAACACUGUCAGCAACGUCCACUUCACAAAUAACAAAAUUUCUAACUCAGAUAAUGGCAUCCGUAUCAAGACUGUUUACGGUGCCACUGGCGCUGUGAAGGGCGUCAACUACAGCGGCAACACCCUCUCUGGCAUCAAGAAAUACGGUAUCGUCAUUGAGCAGGACUACGAGAACGGCUCUCCCACCGGCAAGCCCACCGCUGGUGUCCCAAUCACCGGCUUGACCAUGAGCAAGAACACCGGUACCGUCACCAGCUCCGCCACCGACAUCUACAUCCUCUGUGCCUCCGGUGCCUGCUCCGGCUGGACCUGGUCCGGCAACUCCAUCACCGGUGGCAAGAAGUCCACCAGCUGCUCCAACGUCCCCAGCCCUGCUUCUUGCUAGAUGCAACAACCAGCGAACAAUCAAGAGACGGACACAAUGCAUGGCGAAGGCGUGUGAUUGGCAGAGCGCCAAAAGACGAAUUGGCGGCUCGACAUAUCUCUCUUCUGUUUCUUCUUCUUUCGUAUAAGUCUUGAUCAAGCAUCUUUUCUUCUAGCAUCUGCAAACACAAAUUUAUAUUCUU